GCGGAAGCGGAAGCCCGGGUCCAGAGCCCGCGGGAGGCGAGCGUACCCUCUACGCUGCCCAGCGGUCUCCUGGGCCAGCCAUGGACUGCUACACGGCGAACUGGAACCCGCUCGGGGACUCUGCCUUUUACCGGAAAUAUGAGCUGUACAGCAUGGAUUGGGACCUGAAGGAGGAACUCCGGGACUGCCUGGUGGCCGCUGCACCCUAUGGAGGCCCCAUUGCACUGCUGAGGAAUCCCUGGCGGAAGGAAAAGGCUGCCAGUGUGCGACCAGUGCUCGAGAUCUACUCAGCUUCUGGCAUGCCUUUGGCCAGUCUGCUGUGGAAGAGCGGGCCCGUUGUGUCCCUGGGCUGGUCAGCUGAGGAGGAGCUGCUCUGUGUGCAGGAAGAUGGUGUAGUGCUGGUUUACGGGCUUCACGGUGACUUUCGGAGAUCCUUCAGCAUGGGCAAUGAAGUACUCCAGAAUCGGGUUCUGGAUGCCCGUAUUUUCCACACGGAGUUUGGUUCUGGGGUGGCCAUCCUCACAGGAGCCCACCGCUUCACCGUCAGUGCCAAUGUGGGCGACCUCAAGCUCCGUCGGAUGCCAGAGGUGCCAGGCCUGCAGAGUGCACCCUCGUGCUGGACCCCACUGUGCCAGGAGCGAGCAGCACACAUCCUUCUGGCUGUGGGUCCUGAACUUUACCUCCUGGACCACACCACCUACUCCACAGUGACACCCCCUGGCCUGGUCUCAGGAGUGAGCAGCUUUCUGCAGAUGGCAGUUUCUUUCACCUACCGGCACCUGGCACUCUUCACAGACACGGGCCACAUCUGGAUGGGCACAGCAUCACUCAAGGAGAAGCUGUGUGAGUUCAACUGCAACAUCCGGGCCCCCCCAAAGCAGAUGGUCUGGUGCAGCCGUCCUCGCAGCAAGGAGAGAGCCGUUGUGGUGGCCUGGGAAAGGCGGCUAAUGGUGGUGGGUGAUGCGCCCGAGAGCAUCCAGUUUGUUCUGGAUGAGGACUCAUACCUGGUGCCUGAGCUCGACGGAGUCCGCAUCUUCUCACACAGCACCCAUGAGUUUCUGCAUGAGGUUCCAGUGGCCAGUGAGGAGAUCUUUAAAAUUGCCUCGAUGGCCCCUGGAGCACUGCUGUUGGAGGCCCAGAAGGAGUAUGAGAAAGAGAGCCAGAAGGCAGACGAGUACCUGCGGGAGAUCCAGGAGCUGGGGCAGCUGACCCAGGCUGUGCAGCAGUGCAUCGAGGCCGCAGGACACGAGAACCGGCCAGACAUGCAGAAGAACCUGCUCAGGGCGGCCUCCUUCGGGAAGUGUUUCCUCGACAGAUUUCCACCCGACAGCUUUGUGCGCAUGUGUCAGGACCUGCGUGUGCUCAAUGCCGUGCGGGACUUUCACAUUGGCAUCCCCCUCACCUACAGCCAAUACAAGCAGCUGACCAUCCAGGUGCUGCUGGACAGGCUCGUGUCUCGGAGACUUUAUCCCCUGGCCAUCCAGAUAUGCGAGUACCUGCGUCUUCCUGAAGUGCAGGGCGUCAGCAGGAUCCUGGCCCACUGGGCCUGCUAUAAGGUACAACAGAAAGAUGUGUCUGACGAGGAUGUUGCUCGGGCCAUUAACCAGAAACUUGGGGACACACCUGGUGUCUCCUACUCUGACAUUGCUGCACGGGCCUAUGGUUGUGGCCGCACAGAGCUGGCUAUUAAGCUGCUGGAGUAUGAACCACGCUCCGGGGAGCAGGUACCUCUUCUCCUAAAGAUGAAAAGGAGCAAACUGGCACUGAGCAAGGCCAUCGAGAGUGGGGACACUGACCUGGUGUUCACGGUGUUGCUGCACCUGAAGAACGAAUUGAACCGAGGCGAUUUCUUCAUGACCCUUCGGAACCAGCCCAUGGCCCUGAGUUUGUACCGACAGUUCUGUAAGCACCAGGAACUAGAGACUCUGAAGGACCUUUACAAUCAGGAUGACAAUCACCAGGAGCUGGGCAGCUUCCACAUUCGGGCCAGCUACACUGUCGAGGAGCGUAUUGAGGGGCGAGUAGCAGCUCUGCAUAUGGCAGCUGACGCCUUCUACAAAGCCAAGAAUGAGUUUGCAGCCAAGGCCACAGAAGAUCAGAUGCGGCUCCUGCGGCUGCAGCGGCGCCUAGAAGACGAGCUGGGGGGUCAGUUCCUAGACCUGUCUCUACACGACACAGUCACUACCCUCAUCCUCGGUGGCCACAACAAGCGUGCAGAGCAGCUGGCACGUGACUUCCGUAUCCCUGACAAGAGGCUCUGGUGGCUGAAGCUGACGGCCCUGGCGCAUCUGGACGACUGGGAGGAGCUGGAGAAGUUUUCUAAGAGCAAGAAAUCACCCAUCGGCUACCUGCCCUUUGUGGAGAUCUGCAUGAAGCAACACAACAAAUACGAGGCCAAGAAGUACGCUUCCCGCGUGGGUCCUGAGCAGAAAGUCAAGGCCUUACUUCUUGUUGGGGAUGUGGCUCAGGCCGCAGACGUGGCCAUUGAGCACCGAAACGAGGCUGAGCUGAGCCUCGUGUUGUCCCACUGCACUGGAGCCACGGAUGGGGCCACAGCUGACAAGAUUCAGCGGGCCAGGGCACAAGCUCAGAAGAAGUGAGGAGCCAACCCCUCAUGUUUCCCUGAGGCAGGGACUCCUCCCCUAGCCCUGGGGUUGACCACAGAGUCGCUGCUCAUCUAGCUCCUCCCCCAGAGCAAAGCUUAGGAACUGGGGUGAGGUGGGAGUGGGAGACUGGUUGUAAAUAAAGUUGGAAUGCUUUGACGUG